CCAUCUGGUGGCAAAUCACAGUUCAACUUUCGACAACUCAAGGUCGCACUUGUUCAAUUAUAUAAAAUGGCAACAAGUGCCAGUACUCCUUAUUCGUAUGAUUUGAGUAACGAAGAAGAUGUAAAACAUUACCUUAAAAAUAUAGAAAUCGAGUAUUCCUUUCAUUGCUUUAGUGAAAAGAAUCCUGACGGUUGUUAUAGAUUAGCAUCGUUUUAUGACACAAUAAAAAUUGACAAACAGAAAGCAGUAAAGCUAUAUCAAACAAAUUGUGAUGAUAAUGAACAUGGGGAUAGCUGUAACAAGUUAGCCAAACAUAUGAUGCUGAAGGGAAAACUUGGGGGAGGCAUUAAGGAUGGAAAAACAGAGGACAUUUUUAAAUAUCACCACAAAGCUUGCCAGUAUGGAAACAAUGAAUCAUGUUAUUCCUCAGCACUGAUGAACAUGGACCCUGAAUAUGUUGGUGAAAAUAAAAAUCUUAAAAAAUGUUUAGAAUAUUUCAAUAUAGCUUGUGACCGAAAUGAUGGUAGGAGUUGUAGUAAACUAGGAGAGAUCUAUAGAAAAGGUACACAUGUUCAAAGAGACAUGACAAAAGCCACUGAGUAUCAUAAAAAAGGCUGUGAUUUGGAAAUGCCACAAUCAUGUAUCAAUCUUAGUUAUAUGUAUAGAAAGGGUGAUGGUAUGCCAAAAAAUGAAGACUUGGCUGAAAAAUAUAGAGACAUGGUGAAAAAACUGGCUGAAAAAGAAAAGGCAUCAACAUUAAGAAUGAGUCAAUAGUUUGUUCUGUUUAAUAAAGUAAUAUUUUGAUGUUAA